CUGAACAGUAAUCAGCCUAUUUUUGACAUUUAGGAUUCACUUCUAAACCGUCAUGCUGUGCGAUGAAGAAGCCCAGAAGAGGAAAGCAAAGGAGUCAGGGAUGGCUCUUCCUCAGGGACACUUGACGUUCAUGGACGUGGCCAUCGAAUUCUCUCAGGAGGAGUGGAAAUGCCUGGACCCUGGACAGAGGGCUUUGUACAGAGACGUGAUGUUGGAGAACUACAGGAACCUGGUCUCCCUGGGAAUCUGUCUUCCUGACCUAAGUAUUAUUUCCAUGUUGAAGCAAAGGAGAGAGCCCUUGACUCUGCAGAGUGAAGUUAAAAUAGUAAAAAAUCCAGAUGGAAGGGAAUGUGUCAGAAGCGUGAACACCGGGAGGAGCUGUAUAUUGGGAAGCAAUGCAGAAAACAAGCCUAUUAAAAAUCAACUUGGAUUUACUCUUGAGUCACAUCUGUCUGAAUUGCAGCUGUUUCAAGCUGGAAGGAAAAUUUAUAUAAGUAAUCAAGUUGAAAAGUUUACAAACCAUCGUUCCUCAGUUUCACCACUUCAAAAAAUUUCUUCUAGUUUCACGACACACAUUUUUAAUAAAUAUAGGAAUGAUUUUAUUGAUUUCCCAUUAAUCCCACAAGAAGAGAAAGCAUGCAUUAGAGGAAAAUCUUAUGAAUGUAGUGAAGAUGGUGAAGUUUUUAGAGUCCCUGCAAGCCUUACUAACCAUCAAGUAAUCCAUACUGCAGAGAAACCUCACAAAUGUACUGAAUGUGGCAAGGUCUUCAGUCGCAAUUCACAUCUUGUAGAACAUUGGAGGAUUCACACUGGACAGAAGCCUUACAAAUGUAGUGAAUGUGACAAGGUGUUUAAUCGCAAUUCAAAUCUUGCACGACAUCAAAGAAUUCAUACUGGAGAGAAGCCUCACAAAUGUAACGAAUGUGGCAAAGCAUUUAGAGAGUGUUCAGGGCUUACUACCCAUCUUGUAAUCCAUACUGGAGAGAAACCUUACAAAUGUAAUGAGUGUGGCAAGAACUUCAGACACAAAUCUUCUCUAACCAAUCAUCAGAGAAGUCACACGGCAGAAAAACCUUACAAAUGUAAUGAAUGUGGCAAGGUCUUUAGUCUGCUUUCAUACCUUGCACGGCAUCAAAUAAUUCAUAGUACAGAGAAGCCCUACAAAUGUAACGAAUGCGGAAGAGCGUUUCGCAAGCGUCCGGGCCUUAUGGCCCAUCUUCUAACCCAUACCGGGGAGAAACCUUACAAAUGUAAUGAAUGUGACAAAGUCUUUGGGCGCAAAUUAUACCUAACCAACCAUCAAAGAAUUCAUACUGGAGAGAGACCUUACAGGUGUAAUGCCUGUGGCAAGGUCUUCAAUCAAAAUCCACACCUUUCACGCCAUCGGAAAAUUCACGCUGGAGAGAAUUCACUGCGUACCUUACAGAUGCAAUGAAUGUGGCAAAGUGUUUAGUUACAGUUCACACCUAGCACAACGUUGGCGGACUCAGGAGAAAAACCUUACAAAUACCAUAAAUGUGGCAAAGAAUUUAGUUUGCCAUCAAGCCUCGUCACCCAUCUCUUGAUCCAUGUUGAAAGGAAACCUUACAAAUGUAAAGUUAAUAACGUAUAUAUAUAUACACACACACACACACAAAUAAUCGAUAAAGAGAGAAGAGUUAUAUCAGAAUAGAGAAUUUAAUGAAAACUACCAGUAUAGCAUAUCCUUAAGUAGGAUUCACAUUUAACUGCUGGCACUAUAAUUUGUAACUCUUUGGUUGAUUUAGAAUGUACAUACUUCUCAUGUUUUAAGUAACAAAGUUUAAAGUUUUUUUUUU